AUGGAACCCCAGCUGGGGCCUACGGCUGCCAGCCUCUGCCCAGGCCGGCCGCACCUGCUGCUGUGGGUCUCAGCCCUGAGCUGUUGCGUUUCCUCGCUGGCUUCUCCCUCUCCUUCUCUGGUGCCCCGAAUCAGAACCAGCUACAAUUUUGGAAGGACUUUCCUCGGUCUUGAUAAAUGCAAUGCCUGCAUCGGGACAUCCAUUUGCAAGAAGUUCUUUAAAGAAGAAAUAAGGUUUGACAGCCGGCUGGCCUCCCGCCUCGGACUGCCUCCCGACCCCCUGCCUUCUUACCCUGCAAACUACUCAGAUGAUUCCAAAACCUGGCGCCCUGUGGAGAUCUCGAGGCUGGUCAGCAAACAGGAAAGUGACAUCUCGGACAGGAGAAUCUGUGCCUCUGCGGCAGCCCCAAACACCUGCAGCAUCGAGCGCAUCCUGCGGAAAACAGGAAGGUUCCAGAAAUGGCUGCAGGCCAAGCGCCUCACGCCGGACCUGGUGCAGGGCCUGCCCAGUCCCUUCCUGCGCUGCCCGUCACAGCGACUCCUGGACCGUGUGGUCCGACGCUACGCCGAGGUGGCCGAUGCUGGCAGCAUCUUCAUGGACCACUUCACGGACCGCGACAAGCUACGUCUGCUCUACACGCUGGCUGUCAACGCGCAUCCCAUCCUCCUGCAGAUCUUCCCCGGCGCCGAGGGCUGGCCGCUGCCCAAGUACCUGGGCUCUUGCGGCAGAUUCCUGGUCAGCACCAGCACCAGCCCUCUGCGGGAAUUCUACGGCGCGGCCCCGGACCAGGCGGCCGACCUGGCCUACCAGCUCCUUGAGGUCCUGGAGUCCCUGAGGAGCAACGAUCUGAACUACUUUUUCUACUUCACCCACGUCGAUGCGGGCACGUUUGGCAUCUUUAACAACGGGCAUCUGUUCAUCCGGGAUGCCAGCGCCUUGGGUGUCAUCGACAAGCAGGAAGGCAGCCAGGCAGCCGCCGGGGCAGAAGAGAGUCCAGACGUCUUCAGCUGCCUGGUUUCCGGCUGCCGGGCCCCGCUGCCCUCCUGCGACGCCGUCCCCGAGAAGCAAAGCCUGGUGCUGGUGUGUCGGCGGGUGCUGCCUCAGCUUCUCCAGGGCAAGUUCCCCUCCCCCGUGCAGGACGAGAUAGACACCGCCCUUGCUCGAUGUGGGGAGGACGCCAGCCCAGACCCCGAAGUCCUCGGGGCCGCCAGCCGCCUGAAGGACCUCUUGAGGACCCUGAGAACCUGCGACCCCAGAUUCGCCUACCGCUACCCGGAUUGCAAGUAUAAUGAGAAGUUCUGA